AUGAAUGGGACUUCAAUUGGCGGGAAAGCAUCCCUCGAUGCCGCCAACUACGACCCCAUCGACCACCUCAACCAACUCUUCCCGCACCCGUCGACCGUCACCUCGGUCAGCCGCGUUUCCGACACUCUGCAAACACACAAGAAUGAUCUCGCCGUCGAGAUAUCCGAUCUCGAGGUCGCCCAGGCCUACGGGCCCGACUCGAGCCUCGAGCGCAUGCAGUCCGCCCAGGCUGAAUUAGCCCAGCUCUUCCGCAAGAUCGAGACGGUACGAUCUCGAGCAAUUCAGACUGAGCAGAACAUUACCUCGAUGACGGCCGACAUCAAGCGACUCGAUGGCACGAAGCGGAAUCUGACGCUGAGCAUGACGGCGCUUAAACGACUGCAAAUGUUGACGACGGCAUACGAGCAGCUGAGAGGCCUGGCCAGGACGAGACAAUACAGGGACUGUGCAAGUUUACUUCAAGCUGUGUUGCAGCUCAUGAAGCACUUCAACAGCUACAGGAGCAUCGAGCAGAUCGCCACUUUGAGCAGAGGGGUUUCGGAACUGCAGCGCGAAUUGUUGGAGCAGGUCUGCGAAGACUUUGAGAUCGCUUUUGCCAAGGGAGAGGUGGCCCAGCGCAGAGGCACCCUGAUCGAGGCAUGUUUGGUCAUGGAUGCCCUCGGUGACAUGGCGCGGACACGGUUGAUGAACUGGUACGUGAAUACGGAGCUCCGCGAGUACCGUUCGGUAUUUAGAGGCAACGACGAGGCCGGGAACCUGGACAAUAUCGGUCGCAGAUAUGCGUGGUUCAAGCGCAUGCUCAAAACCCAUGAGGAUGAACACGCCGCGAUUUUCCCGCCCCACUGGCGCGCGAACGAGCUACUGGCGAUGGCCUUCUGCGACGGCACAAGGGACGACUUCAAAGGCAUCCUCGAGAGGAGCAUGCGAAGGACAGAUGGGCAGAAGAUUGACGUCAACCUCUUGCUGAGCUGUCUGCAAGAAACCUUGGACUUUGAGCACGGCCUCGAGAAACGUUUCGCCAACGAGCCUCGAGCUAGUAUCGACACUCUGAGCUCAUCAGACGACAGAGCAUCAAACUUCCACGGCUCCAUAUCCGCCGCCUUCGAGCCAUAUUUGAGCUUGUGGGUGGAGUCACAAGACAAGCAGCUCGCCUCCAUGAUACCAAAGUACCGCAACCAGCCCUUGCUUCCGGAAGACGAAGAGUUCUCGUCGCAGGCCGUCAUUUCAUCUGCCAUUGAGCUUUUCCACUUUUACAAACUCACUCUAUCACAAUGCGCCAAGCUGUCCACCAGUGACCGAUUACUGGAUCUUUCCAGGACCUUGGCGAAGUACCUGGACGAAUACGCACAGCAAGUUCUCUUGCACAUUCUACAAAGAGCAGGACCUCAGGGACCACCGAUUCAGGAUGUCAUUUUGGUUUUGAACACGGCCGACUUCUGGUCGACCAACACCACCCAACUGGAGGAAAACAUCAAGAAGCGUAUCGACAGCGAGUUAGUCGGCAAGGUCGACCUGUCAUCACAAGCCGAUGCGUUCCUUGGUGUGGCUAGCGCCGCUGUCCUGACGUUGGUGCGCAAUGUCGAGAUCGCAUGCGAAGGUUCGUGGCGCGAGAUGCGGAACACGGGCUGGAGCACAAUGGAGAGUGUAGGUGACCAGAGUUCUUACGUCGGCGAGCUGCUGUCCUCUGUGAAUAGCAAGGCCGAGGAAAUCUUGGGGCUUGUGGUCAAGCAACAAUAUGCCAGGGCAUUCUGCGACAACCUCGUGGACCAUCUUGUCAACGCUUAUAUCAGCAACAUCGUCCAGUGCCGUCCCGUGUCCGAGGUUGGCGCUGAACAGCACCGGCAGGAUCCUCUCCUCAAGACGCUACAAGUCCGUCCGUCGCCACCAGAGGGUCUCGUGCAAGCCUACCUCAUCCAUAUCGGCGACCGCUCCGACACCAACUUCAGAAAGAUCCUCGACCUCAAGGGUGUCCGCAAGGGUGACCAAGGGCACUUGGUUGAGCUUUUUGGUAUCCACCGCGAGGGUAACAUGAGCGACAAACUCGUGCAGCAGUCCCCGCUGCUCACUCCGCUCAUGGCAACGACGGGACUCGGCAGCUCUAGUCUGGGAGCCAUCAACGCGAGCACCGCCCUCACGUCCGCCAGCAGUGCGAUGCCUGGAUUGCCGAGCAAGUUCGACGCGACGUCGCUGGGUGAGAAACUGCUCAGUGCGGCUAGGGACCUGGGACAAGGAACGGGCCCCGGUGGUAUUGCGGGUACGGAGAAGGCGACCAUGAACGAGAACCUCAAGAACUUUGGCAAGUUUUUUAGGAGAGACCUGGGAGGAUUUGGCGCGAGGUUCGGGAAGAGGGAUGAGAGUGCUGAUGGGCACCGGUGA